AUGGAUAACCAGCAGCCGUCGCCAAAGUCGACUCGCCACAUAGACAGGGAGAGGAAGCGGGCUGCUCGAGCGUGCGAUGGCUGUCGCCGCCAGAAGGAGAGAUGCGAUGGCGGCGUGCCCUGUCGGAGGUGCUUCCGGCUGGGCCGCCAGUGCGACUUUACCAGCAGGGCUUCAGUCGACACCGAAUCCCAGGCCGGCUCUGGCUCACGGCCAGGGGCAAACACCUCCUCUGAGCAAGCAAAGCGGCUCGAGUAUCUGGAGAGAAUCGUCCAGGGCUAUGUCGGCAGCAAGGAUGCGUUGGACCUCGAGACCCUCAAGAGUCUAGCUCAGGGUGCAGAGAAGCGGCGGAAUUCGCCUCGACCUGCCGACAUCUCAUCCCAAAGCUCCGAAUUUGACGGCGUGGACGAGAAGUUUGACAUACAGCCCCUGCACGGCAAUGUCACACACUACUCUGGCGAGUUCUCGCAUUGGAACUUUUCCAUGCGGAUCAAGAAGUGGAUAGACCAGAGUGUCCCCAAUGACGCUUCCAAUUAUCCGUCCAAAUCUGCCACCACAUUCAAGGAGUACUACCGGGCCGAGGAGCUCCAAUCGCACUCGGACGCAAUGGGCUUGUUAUCGCUUCUGCCGCCUAGACCCAUUGCCGACUUUCUCGUUUAUUCCUUCUUCAAGCACGCGCAGACCAACUACUUCUUCGUUGAGCAAAACUGGUUGAGAGCCAAGCUUGACCUAGCCUACGAAAACUCUGCCGCCUUUACUCGGCGAGAUGUGGGCUCUCUGGUGGACGGUGUUGAGAACCCCACAGAAAAGGGCUCUGAUGCAUUCACGGAAGAUGCAGUCGGAGUGCUAUUCUAUCAGCAGGCAUGCCGCCUUCUUUCGGAUGUCAUCACCGUCUCAUCGCUCGAGUGUGUCCAGGCUUGCUUGUUGCUCGGUAUCUAUACGCUUCCCGUGGACGCAUCCGGAUUGGCCUACAUCUAUCUCAACUUGGCCCUCAAGCUCGCCAUCCAGAAUGGCAUGCACAGGAAAUACCCAGUCGAGAAUCGGGAUGCAGAUAUCGUUGAGACCAGAAACCGGGUUUGGUGGACCGUGUACACCAUAGAAAAGCGCGUCGGAAUAUUCCAUGGCAGACCGAUGUCCAUAUCCAGUACGGAUGUGGAUGCUGAUUUCCCGGUUCAUCAUCCCGAUCUAUGGUCCUCGACCUCACAAACCGAUACCGCGCAUAUUCUGGCAACAUUUGAGCUCAACCAGCAGCUGAGUAAACUGUCUCGGGAAAUAACAAUCCUCAGAUCUCUUCCUAAGCAUGAGGUGCCCGAAGGCCUGAAGCGGCUCGCACAGUUGCACCGUGAGCUCAAGUCCUGGUGGGAUGCUCUGCCGGUGGACAUCUUUUGCAAGGAGUUUACAUCUCAGUCCAAGAUUUCCCGCAAGCACAUGCAUCUGCAGUUGGAAUACUGCCUUGUCCGCAUGUUUGUCGGCCGCGUCUUCAUCUUCCCCGAGGCAGGGUUGAGGGACGGCAGCAGCCCGGCUACGUCUGCGAAUGCGCCCUCGAGUGCAUCGUUGAGCAAGAAAGGCACUCGCUCGACCUUGGUGGCGGAUUGCGUCGAGGCUGCUCUGUCCGUCAUCGACACGUGUCGCUGUCUGCGAAACACGAUUGGCCUUGCGCGCGCCUCCUACACUGAGUUCAGCUCCUGUCGAGCGGCGCUCAUGGUGGUGACGACGCAGUGUCUCGCUCAGAAAACAUACAUGUUCAGGCAGGCUCUGCGGGAUGGGCUGUCCAUGCUCAAGGAAAUGUCAACUGGCAGCCUAUCGGCGCACUCGGAAAUGUCGCUGAUUGAGGCAUUUGAACAAGCCAUUGCCAACAUGAACGCACAGGAGCAGACGACCAGCUCCAUGGUGAGCGAGUCCGAGUACGCAAAGUUCAAGAAAUGGGAGCAACUGUGGAAGAACGACGCGCCCACCGUGACGGAGUCAGUUGAUGGAAGCGUUCAGGGCAAACAAGUGCCAACGGCGCCCCCAGAGCCGGAGCCGCCUCGGCCAAUGCCAGAAGCUCCAAAGGAAGAGGGCAUGAUGAUGCCCUCAAGCACGCCGUUCUUUGGCGUAGACGGCCAUUUCGCUUCAUUUCCCCAGAGUCUGGACGAUUUCACGGCUUUUUUUGGCAACGAAUUCGGAACGAACAUUGACUCCGGACAUGGCUGA